GUAAAGUUAAAUAAUAUGCUACUGAGUGACCAAUGUGUCGAUGAAGAAAUGAAGAAAACGAAAAUGUUCUUGGAGAAAAUGUUGCUACUGUUGAACCUAUUGUGCUGCUGUGAAUAUAGGAUUACAGAUCCCAUUUACUUUGAGUAUAUUCCCCACAGUGGAAUAGCUGGGUCAUACAACAGCAUCAGCAGACAUUUUUGAAUCAGCUUAGAGAAAUUACUGGGAUAAAUGACGCUCAGAUACUACAGCAAGCCCUGAAGAAGUCUUGUUACAGGUUACUCUAACAUAUGUUUUCCAAAUGAACUUGAAACUCGAUAUUCCAGGAUAGUAAUGGAAACUUGGAAUUAGCAGUGGCUUUCCUAACUUCGAAGAAUGCCAAGACCCCUCAGCAGGAAGACAUUACGUACUAUCGCUCGGCACUUCUUGACAAUGACAGAUAUAUCAGUGUGGGAAGCCAAGCAGAUACAAUUUUGCUUUUCAGAUGUGAUUGAUCUUACUGGAGAUGAUAAAGAUGAUCUGCAGAGAGCAAUUGCCUUGAGUUUGGCGGAAUCAAACAGGGCAUUCAGGGAGACGGGAAUAACUGACGAGGAACAAGCCAUUAGCAGAGUCCUUGAAGCCAGCAUAGAAGACAACAAAGCAGGUUUGAAGAGGACACCUACAGAAGUUUGGAGGGAUUCUCGAAACCCUUAUGAUAGAAAAAGGCAGGACAGAACGCCUGUCGGGUUAAAGAAUGUUGGCAAUACUUGCUGGUUUAGUGCAGUUAUUCAGUCAUUAUUCAAUCUUUUGGAAUUUAGAAGAUUAGUGCUGAAUUACAAACCUCCAUCACAUGCUCAAGAUUUACCCCAAAACCAAAAGGAACAUCGAAAUUUGCCUUUUAUGCGUGAGCUGAGGUAUUUAUUUGCCCUUCUUGUUGGUACUAAAAGGAAAUAUGUUGAUCCAUCAAGAGCAGUUGAAAUUCUUAAGGAUGCCUUCAAAUCAAAUGAUUUACAGCAGCAAGAUGUGAGUGAAUUUACACAUAAAUUAUUGGAUUGGUUAGAAGAUGCCUUCCAAAUGAAAGCUGAAGAAGACACGGAUGAAGAAAAACCAAAGAACCCCAUGGUAGAGUUAUUCUAUGGAAGAUUUCUGGCUGUGGGUGUACUUGAAGGUAAAAAAUUUGAAAAUACUGAAAUGUUUGGUCAGUAUCCGCUUCAGGUCAAUGGGUUCAAAGAUCUACAUGAGUGCCUAGAAGCUGCAAUGAUUGAAGGAGAGAUUGAAUCUUCACACUCAGAGAACUCAGGAAAAUCAGGCCAAGAGCAUUGGUUUACUGAACUACCACCUGUGUUAACAUUUGAAUUAUCAAGAUUUGAAUUUAACCAGGCAUUGGGAAGACCAGAAAAAAUUCACAAAAAAUUAGAAUUUCCUCCAGUUUUAUAUCUGGACAGGUAUAUGCACAGAAACAGAGAAAUAACAAGAAUUAAGAGGGAAGAGAUCAAGAGACUUAAAGAUUACCUCACAGUAUUACAGCAAAGAUUAGAAAGAUAUUUAAGCUAUGGCUCAGGUCCCAAACGAUUCCCCUUGGUGGAUGUUCUACAGUAUGCGUUAGAAUUUGCCUCCAGUAAACCGGUUUGCACUUCUCCAGUUGAUGAUAUUGAUGCAAGUUCUACAUCUAGUGGUUCCAUAUCCUCACAGACAUUAUCAAGUCCAGCAGAGCCACAGGGAGCCUCUUCUUCAGAACUGCCAAGCACCUCGCCUUCCUCCGUUUCUGCCAUUUCAACGAGAGCAGUGAUACACAAGCCGUUCACCCAGUCUCGGAUACCACCAGAUUUGCCCAUGCAUCCAGCACCAAGGCACGUAACAGAAGAGGAACUUUCUGUGCUAGAAAGCUGUUUACAUCGCUGGAGGACAGAAAUAGAAAAUGACACGAGAGAUUUACAGGAAAGCAUAUCCAGAAUUCAUCGAACAAUUGAACUAAUGUACUCUGACAAAUCUAUGAUCCAAGUUCCUUACCGCUUACAUGCUGUUUUAGUUCAUGAAGGCCAAGCUAAUGCUGGGCACUACUGGGCAUACAUUUUUGAUCAUCGUGAAAGCAGGUGGAUGAAGUAUAAUGAUAUCGCUGUGACAAAAUCAACAUGGGAAGAGCUAGUGAGGGACUCUUUCGGUGGCUACAGAAAUGCCAGUGCCUACUGCUUAAUGUACAUCAACGACAAAGCACAGUUCUUGAUACAAGAGGAGUUCAAUAAGGAAACGGGGCAGGCUCUUGUUGGAAUAGAAACGUUACCACCAGAUUUGAGAGAUUUUGUUGAGGAAGAUAACCUGCGAUUUGAAAAAGAACUGGAAGAAUGGGAUGCCCAGCUUUCCCAGAAAACUCUGCAAGGAAAGCUUUCAGCAUCUCAGAAGUCAAGGGAGUCUGAAUCCACUGUGAAAACAGCGCAAGCAGGAGAACCAGAAUAUCUAGAGCAGCCAUCAAGAAGUGAUUUCUCAAAGCACUUGAAAGAAGAAACUAUUCGAGUAAUUACCAAGGCAUCACAUGAGCAUGAAGAUAAAAGUCCUGAAACAGUUUUACAGUCGAAACCUGAAAAUGCCACAAGCAAACCAAUUUCUAACCAGCGAGUUCUCGAGGUGGCGAUUCCACAUGUAGGGAAAUUUACGAUUGAAUCAAAGGAGGGGGGUUAUGAUGAUGAGAUCAUGCUGACACCGAACAUGCAAGGUAUUAUCAUGGCGAUAGGUAAAUCCAGGAAUGUGUAUGACAGGUGUGGUCCUGAAGCAGGGUUCUUUAAGGCAAUUAAGUUAGAGUAUUCAAGAUUAGUUAAGUUGGCCCAAGAAGACACCCCACCAGAAACAGAUUAUCGUUUACAUCACGUUGUCAUAUACUUGAUCCAGAAUCAAGCACCAAAGAAAAUCAUUGAGAAAACUUUGUUGGAACAAUUUGGUGACAGAAAUUUGAGUUUUGAUGAAAGGUGUCACAACAUAAUGAAAGUGGCACAAGCUAAACUGGAAAUGAUAAAACCGGAAGAGGUAAACUUGGAGGAAUAUGAGGAGUGGCAUCAGGAUUAUAGGAAAUUCAGGGAAACCACUAUGUAUCUUAUAAUUGGACUAGAAAAUUUUCAAAGAGAAAGUUAUAUGGAUUCCUUGCUGUUCCUCAUCUGUGCUUAUCAGAAUAACAAGGAACUGUUAUCCAAAGGCCCGUACAGAGGACAUGAUGAAGAACUGGUGUCGCAUUACAGAAGAGAAUGUUUGCUAAAAUUAAAUGAGCAGGCUGCAGAACUGUUUGAAUCCGGAGAGGAUCGAGAAGUCAACAAUGGCCUAACCAUCAUGAAUGAGUUCAUUGUCCCAUUUCUGCCCUUGUUACUGAUCGAUGAAAUGGAAGAGAAGGACAUCCUUGCUGUGGAAGAUAUGAGGAACCGAUGGUGUUCCUACCUUGGACAGGAAAUGGAAUCAAACCUCCAAGAAAAGCUGACAGAUUUUCUGCCCAAACUGCUUGACUGUUCAACGGAAAUUAAGGGUUUCCACGAACCGCCGAAGUUACCUGCUUAUUCCACGCAUGAACUCUGUGAACGAUUUGCCCGAAUCAUGUUGUCCCUCAGUCGAACUCCUGCUGAUGGAAGAUAAACUGCACACUUUCCUUAAAUACACUGUACAAACUUUUUUAGUUCUUAACCCUUGCCUUCCUGUCACAGGGUUUGCUUGUUGCUGCUAUAGUUUUUGACUUUUUUUAAUUUUAAUAACUGCAAGAGACAAAAUGAAUAUACAGACUUCUAGCCAGAUGACAGAUAAUAAAGCUGGGAAUCGCAUGGCA